GUACCUAUUGCGCGUACAGUGUUAUUGUUUUGUGGAAAAAACUGUGAAUCCUAAAUAAAUUGCAUCUUAUUUUGUGAACACUUCUUGUUUAUUUAAAUAUUUGUUCUUUACAUUUUAUUUUAUUGAGUGGAAUAUGUCAUUCUCGGUCGAGGUAUUUUCCUUUCCUGAGAGCCUAGAGGUGUCGCGCGCUGGCUGUCCUUACAGGUCGCCGCUGUGAAAUACUAAGAAACACUUUUUUGAAUAUUCGACCAAGCGAGGAGAAGGCGCCACGUGUGGGCCUGUGCACAACCGGGGGCGGGCGCUUCGCGCCGCCCCACAACUUCAUACAUACCCGGAUGAUAUAUUGACGAAGGCUCAAAGUAAGCAUGAUGUAGGGCUGGAUCCACACAUCAUUGCUGCAGAUCCAUAUGUUACGACGGAUGUGUAUAUUGAUGUCUUUGGCCCGGAUACUAAAGACAUUUUAACAUCGACGGAACAAGAAAACACAAUGAACUCGGGUGACGAUGACUUAUCGUCUGGAAUAAAUGGAAGAUUGAGGCCUAGGAAGUCUUACGUGUCCAGUCCACAAACAAACAAGACGACACGAAGAUUAGAAUCCAAACUUUCGCAUGAAAAACCCAAGCGUGUUUCUACCCAAUCUAAGAAUCCGCUUACUAAAUCUGAUGAUCUCUCUAAAAAGUCUGACUUUUCCUCUGUCUUAGAAUAUCUUUGCCCCUACUGCGAUAAAAUUUUUGUUUCUAAGCAAACAGCGUCUAAACAUACUCGACGUAUUCAUUUUAUGACUUCGAAACAAGGUGAUAAAGGUGUUAUCAAUUGCCUUUACUGUAGCCACUCUGAUCCUGAACCCAACAAUAUUUUCAAGCAUAUGAUUGAUAGUCAUCCAAAUCAAUACUUUGCCUGUCUUGAUUGCCACACAAGGUUUCUAUCAACAUCAGAAUUGGCUGAACAUAAACUAAAUGUCUGUGAACGGCAAAAACUACAUUAUAAAAGUAAAUUACCUCAAAAAUCAAACAGAGCUAGCAAAAAAUCUCGUAAGCUUGAUCGACAAGUUGUAAUACGGGACGAAGAAAGGCAUGGCUAUAAUAGCAUUGUAAUAUCGUGUGAACUAAAGCCUACUCAUGUGACCGACGCUGCUGAUAUUGAAGAUAACAUUACGACCAACUUAAUUUUGCCGUCGAUUAAUCAGGGUAAUAACAUUAUUGACAAAAAUGCGGUUAUACUACUUGAUGAUUUACAAUGGAAAAAGCGAAUACCUCAAAAUUUUUCAUUUCAUAAUACAGAUACCGAUCAAAUUUUAUCAAGAUUGGGAGUGGUACAUAGGUCCCCUAGAACAGGAGAAUCUACUCGUAAAGAUUGGUUUAAAGUCAUUGAUGAUGCAACCCAGAAGUUUGAAAGAUGCUUCGAUACCAACUUUUAUUCUAAAGUCGCGAGUAAUGUACAAGAAAAUUUAUCUAAGUUUCUUGACGGUUCCUUCAAUUUUAAUCCAGAUCCGAAUCAUACGAUUAAAACAAGGAAAGCAAAAAAUAGUGUCCCUAUUAAUACAGUCGAAGGGUUUCCAAUUUUAUUAUCUUGUGAACAAUACUCACGAAAUAUAUUUGAUGUAUACAUGCCACGAGCAAUAGCACCAAAACACAAAUGGAAGUGGGACAACUUAGAAAACGAUAGGAACUCUUUUAAUGCAGACCAAAUAAAGCGGGAUUCACAUGUUAAUAACUGUAUAGUAACGUUGGUUUCAAGUCUAGAUAUAUGGACUCAACUUUGUAUGAGACAUAAAUUUGAAGAAAAAUUUAAAACUACACCUUUUGAGAAAAAAACUGAAAAGAAAAAAAUUAUAAGUAAUGAAUUAAAAGAAAUACUCGAAAGUAGACAAUUACCACCAUCCACGGCACAGGUUUCUCGCAAUUGUACGGCACUUGUCAAAGUUCCUAACAACCUCGAUUUUCCGACAUCAUUAGGUCUUACACCAUCUACUAGUAAAUAUGAAAUACAACCGGCAGUUUUGAGUGGAGAAUGGGUGAGACCUCGUUGUUAUGUAUGUUGUGCCUGUGGCGCACAAACUAGAGAUCCUCGAACUCUUUCAACACACAUUUUAACUGAACAUCCUAACGCUCAAGUUCAACAUUACGAGAUACCUGGAGAAUUAUUGCUGAAUGCUGAUAUUCUUAGACAUUUGUAUGUACCACCAAGCCCUGUGCAAAAUAGAACCCGACCUCCAAGAGGAUUUCGAGAAUGCACUAAAUGCAAUAAAUCCAUAACAAUUGAAGAUCUACAUCAGCACAUGUUAGAUUGUGCCGGAGAUAUGCCAACAGUGAGAAGAAAAUGUCGAUAUCGCCAUUUUGGAGUACGAAAAAGGCGUACGCGUAUUCAAGAUAGCAGAAUAAGGAAAAAGAUACGUAAAGACAUACAUCGACAAAAUGGAAGGCCUAGACCAAAAAUUCGAUCUGAAGUUGGAGACGCCGAAACCAUCAGAAAAAUGUUAGCAGAUUUACCAGCAAAACGCCACCGAGUAACUCCGACAGGUUCAACUUUGAGACCUAAAAGAAAAAUUAAUCCACAAUUAGAUCAACUUGUUUUUAGUAAACGCCAAACAGAAGACAAUAAAAACAGGAAAUUUAACAGUGAUAACAUUACUAAUACUGAAUUCCAAGGUGACGGUGAACCUAAUAAUUUAAAAGAAAGUAAAAUUAUAAAAAGGAAAUUAAACCGUCGUAGCACGGUGAUUUUAAAUAAGAAAGCUAACAAAACACAUAGAAAUGAUGUCAAUAUAAGAUAUGAUUCUAGAAUCGAAGCUGUUAGUAAUCAACUAUCAUUAUCUUCAGAUAGUAAUGCAUCUUCAGUUGAUUCUAAGACACAAGUAUUAUCCCUCCAGAAUCAACCCAACAGGAUAAAUGUCAACUCUGGACCUUACAACACACGCGAGCAAGCAAAUGGAUCCAACAACGAUGGAUCUAAUAAUAGAGAAAAUCAAAACCCUGAGCGAAAUGAUAAUAAUGGAAAUUUUCGUGAUCAGGGAGCACCUCCUCAAAAUAUUCCAUUAAAACACUCGAUUGCCCGCUUAACGGCUGAUUCUGAUACCCACGAUAAAGCUGUGCAAUUUCAUCAUUUAUUUUUAGUGCAACAGGAAUGCAAUAAUGUAACGCAACAUGAUCCUUCUGGGCAACCAGUUUUCUUUGAAGAUAAAGCAGUUACUGUUAAACUUGAUAAACCGCCUUUAGAAACUAAAGAAAAGAGUGAAGAUUUUGAUACGCUCAAUAACCAUAAAAACAAAUUAAAUAAACAGCGUAAAGGACUUAAUGAUUGUAUUGCUAUGUUAAAAAAUAAAUUGGUUGAACCUAGUAAAUCUCCCGAGGUAUCUAUCCAGUGUAAAAUGGACGAAACACCAAAUCCUCCGCCGAAAAGAAUUAUAACCAAUCGCAACGAUAUAACUGUUCAAUGUCCAGAUGAUAAUCAAGCGACUGAAACCGUUAUAACUCCGCGCUCUAGAAAUAUAUUAAACAAUGGAAACAUUACGGAAAAGCAUGCUAAGUCAGCAUCCCGAAUAGAAAGCACAAAACAGAAAUCAGAAUCAGUCACGACACACAAAGUUAGUUUGAGUAUUGAAAAUAAACAUGUUGAUAAUCCUGCAUCAGUUGGUAUUGCAGAUACCUCUGAGCUUAGAAGCUGUGAACGUAAUAAUGAUUUGCCAGUUUUUAAGAAAACUGGAAGACCGCCAAAAUACAAUGAAUCUGAAUUAAGUGCUAAUGUUUCAGAAAAUAUUCAAAAUACACAAAAAAAUGAUAACUUUGUUAAGGAACGAAGUGUGACUCCUAAUCGUCAAGCUAUACAUACAAAUGUUACGGCUAAGGAAAGUAAAAAUAUUUUAACGGUAAUAAAUAAAGAAGCUUCGUCACUGAAUAGAUCGGUGAUGCAAGUUUUGGAAUCAAGUCACAAGGAAGCAAAUAAUGGACAUCAAAAAGUUAAUGAAUCAAUGAAUAAAUUGUAUAUCCCUGAAGUCAUACCACCUGCGCAUUGUAUUGUUGAUGCUGAAUCUAUAUCAACGGCACCUUUAGAUUUAUCUGGCAAAUUAUAUGUAAAUGAAGUGAUCGCCCAUUGCUCUAAGCAAGAUAUUUCAUAUGACAGUUCCGCUCAUGUUUAUGAAACUUUAGAUUUGUCAAAUAAAGUCUUUCAAAAAGGUGAUAUUAACGAACUAUCUAAUGACGAAGUCGUUGUUGAUUUACGGGUAAAGCCUGCGAUUCCUUCUACUUCUACUGCUUCUUUCAAUUAUUCAGAAGAUAUAAGUUACAAUGAUAUGACAGCUACAGAUCUAUCAGUAAGGCACACGGAAUUCAUGCCUACCGAUUUAUCUGUUAAGGGAAAAGGAAAAACGAGUCAUUUUAAUGAAACGACACGUAAAGAUCUAAGUGUUAUGCGUCCAACUUCUAACUUCACCCAAAACGAUAUUAUCGGAUUGAAUUUAUCUCCAAAUGAAUUUCCAACAGAUUUGUCUCGGAGAUGUUUAGAAGUAUUAUCCCCAAAACUAGUAAUAGAACAAGAUGCAAAUAAUACAACUUCAUCCCUUGACAUUUGUGAUUUUGAUAAUACCAAUGCAGCAGAUAUUCCUUACCGCCAACAUAUUAAUAAACAUAUUAUCACCACUGGAAAAAAUACGACUUCCCACCCAAUAUCGUUACAAUAUAAUACAAAUGUACAUUCAUAUAAAAUACAAUCAAGACAGAUAACAAAUCCAUCUGAAGUGCACAUUGAAGAUGAAAGAUACUCUGCAAAUGAGUUUAAUGAAUCUAGAAAAGUUCAAUACAAUUUAGUAGAUGUUUCUACUAUGACCGGGUCGUCGACUUUACUUGAUAAAGCACCCAUAAAUCUUUGUAAUCCUCUGAUAAAAGUAUCAAAUGGUGAUUCAUUGCAUAAAACAACAAAUAUAGCUUCGCAUCAACCUCAUGUAUCUAAAACACUUGACAUUCUUAAUAUGUCUCUGAAUCAAAAUAAUACGUCAAUUUUAAAAGGAAUACCCCGGCAAUCCGUAAACAUUACAUCUAACUAUAUUAAUACAACUGAACUUGCGAAAUCUGUAAAGCAAGCUGAUCAACAGAAUGAAUCAGAUUUGUCACUUCAAUCUUCUAAAACAAAACGAUCUCAGGGAAACCUGACAAAAAGAAACUAUGAAUUGAAUGAAAGAAAUGCCUGUCCCAUUGACAACGAUCCGGAAACAGCCAAGAAAAUUGCUUUGUUACCGAAAGAACUUGUAGACAUCUUAGGAAACAUGCCAGUAGAUCACCGCAAUCAGUUACUCAAUGUUCUUCCUCAAUAUGUAUCAGUAUCAACAUCCGCUGCACCUAAAAGACACGAUGCUAUUAGCGAUCCAAAACUGUCGUCAAGCCAUCGACACUCUCAGCCUUGCCUUGAACCUGAUAAUACAGAAUUUCCCCAAAAUUCCUAUUCCGGAAUGUCUAAGAGUCAACAUUCUAUUGUUGAUAGGUAUCAAGUUCAACAUCCCUAUUAUCAACCACUAGCAGAAACUAAGAAAUCUGAAGGCGAAUACGGCCAAUUUCAUGGUAGUAUAGAAGAGACAAAUAAAAGUUGCUUGAAUGACAAUAAACGGCGCUCCAUUGAUCUAAGUGUAUGUGGUAUUAUUGAUUUAACUGAUGAUAAUGUCGAUACAAUUUCUUCUUCUAUAUCUCCGGAAAAAGAAAACAAAACCGAGAGCCCAGUAGUAAAAGCAUUCGGAUUUAAAACUAAUAACGAAAAAACCGCAAGUUUACGUGCUGUAAGGAUUAAAGCACCUUCCGAGAGAGCUAAAUCGAUUAUUUUAGAUACGCAACAAAAAAAGACAAUUCCAGAAAAAAAAUAUGUCAAUAGCCACAGCUCAGAUAAUGGCAAUAAUGAUAUUACGCCAGUAGUUCAGCAAUUUGAAACAAGUGUGACUAAAGCUACAAACGUACACGCUGUCUCUGUUGUUGAUGCUAUUUUAAGUGAACAAAUUGAUACACCUUUGACGUUAAAUCGAUCGGAACUUCUUGAUGGAGUCAGUGAACCACGAAAAGAAAGAACGACAACCAAUGUCUUAAGUAAUGUUCCCUUGCAAAGUAUACAAACCGAUAUGGCAGCAUUGCAUUCUGAAUCUGCAUCUGAAGUAGGUAAAGACAGCGUUAACAAAUCAGAUCCUGAGUCACCGUUGCAGAAUGACAGUUUUGAACGUCGGUUUAGUUCUCAAGAAGUAGAAAAAAUACAGGGACACUUCGACGAAGAUGACUCGGAGGACGAUGUUUCUUUAGCUGUCAUAGUAAAACAAAAACAAAGAAAAUUAGGUAAACGAGAAACUGGUUCAAACUUUGUCGAUAGGAGAAAUAAGAGCAAAUCUAUGACUAAUUACUCAAAAGAAUUUAUUGAUGCUCUGGACAUUACACCUGAGUUAGAAGAACAUAGAACUGGUCCAAUCGUUGAUAAAACAGAUAAAAAUAAUGAAGAGGAAAUAAGUUCCGAUAUCGCCUUCAGUAGUAAACACAAGGGAACGUCAUGUAAAGUUCCUGCAAAACCUAAAUCAGAAAAAGAUUGUAGUCCUUUUAAAAUCUUUAAGUACUCUCCGAUAAAUAUGGAUAAAGCUCAGAAGCCGCCUAGUAACAACGAAUCUAAUGUUCCCUUAAAUGAAAAAUAUUCCGAAGCCGUUCAAACAAGUUUAGAUGAUCAGGAUUUGCAGAGAUUAUCAUCUAAUAAUAACACUAUUGCUAAUGAAAUUGAAGUCGAUUCUAAGAAAAAUAUGAUAUCACUUCACACACAAUCUGCCUCUUUGUUAGAGCCAUCAUCAUUUGAUUCAAAGAAAGAGAAACAAGAGAAUUCUUACAAUAAAAUAGUUGAAAGUGAAAACCUCUUGGAAAAAGAAAGAUUGGUUACUCCUCUUCGUCGCAGUAGACGGGGGAAAUCACUUUUCGUCGAUAAUAGUGAUCAUAGUUGUAAUUUUCAAAAUAUUGGUGAUGUCGGGGAGCAGCGAGGCCCAUAUACUAAAAAACAGUUAAUUUUCUCUAAAAUGCUCCAAGAUGAAGGAAACACUGUCGCAAGAGAAUCUGAUGACUUGAAACGAGAUAAACAUGUCGUAAAUAUGCCUCUUCGUCCUCGUGAUGCAGAUUUUAGUUUUCCCGCGAAGGAAAAAGCACAUAAACGGAAAAAGUUGACUCACAAAAGAAAAAAGCAAACGAAAUUAAACGAAGCGGCUCUUAGUGCAAACCAGAGCUUACUAACCAAAACCCUAAAAGAGGCGAGUAACAAAGUUGAAUCUACAGUUUUUGUUCCUGAUAAAGAUCAAAUCUGUAAAAUUCAGUACUGCGAGAAUAAUUCAGAAUGCGAUAAAUCAGACGUUCAUGCGUGGUGUAGUGUUAAUGAUAUUGACUUACCCAUAAAAAAUGCGAAGAUAGCAAGAAAACGUAAAUCUAGCCAUGAACUUGAUUUGUCAGCCAAGGAAAAGAAGUUAAAAACAAUAAUUGAUGGAGACAAUGUUACUGACCGUAUUUGUGAAAACAAUAUUAAAAAUGUUAAGACCAAUGAUAAUACUCAUAUUAUCUCUGCAGUGCGACGUUGUCGUUCGAAAUCUGUCGUAUCUCAAUUAACGUCUGAAACAUAUAAUAUUGAUGUACCAUAUAAGGAUCCAGGGACAGAAUCCAACUAUAAAGGACAGUCCGAAAAUAAACCAUCUAAUCAAAAUAUCGUAAGCAAAACAUCUUAUAAUGAUGGCGAUGAGGUUAAUCCUGAAUUUAUUAAUUCCACAACCACAGGUAAUUUAUAUACUGAUAUAGAAGGUUGUCGCAAGGAAAAACAAGAUCAGGGGGAAGAAGCAACAACCUGGCAGAUUAUUGAAACUAAAGCCCUUUUAAGUUAUCCUGGUGAAUCUUCAAAAAGCGACGAAACAUUGAAAACGCUUCCCGAAAAGAAAAAGAAAAACCCUCGUAAAAACCAAGAGAAGAGUAAUAUUAUAUUACCUUGUGAAAAAUCAUCUAAAACACAUUUGAAAACACUUUCUGUUACUUUAGAAACACUUGGUACUAAAAGUACUGAAAUUCAGGUCGAUACCGAUAAGUUGGAUAAAGAAAAACAUAAAGAAAGCAGUGGCUCGUCUAGUAUAGAGUUCGAUUAUAUCGUUGAAUUAUUAUAUCAGCGAGAAAAAGAUGACAAAAGAAAGCAUCUUAUUCAGGAAAAACAGAAGCUAAACCAGUUGAAGCCUCGUGUUGAUAAUCAGAGCUUGCUAAAUGAUAAUACUAAUCAAGCGCUUACUAUAUUUAAAACAUCGCCUAUUCUUGACGCCGGAGAAGUUCACAAUCACGAAAAUGUUGUAAAUGUUAAAGUAGAUAAUUAUGAGAUCCCUGACAAAGAACUAAAUUCAAUAGAUGAAAAUGAUUCUGAAAAGAGUAAUUCUCAUCGAAAGACCAUGAGCUAUAAUAAGGAGCUAAAUCUCUAUCGAAAUAAUUCUCCAUCGCUAAGUACUUCAUUUAAUUGUAUGGAUGAUAGUACCCAGAAAAAACAGGACGAUGUAGCCGCAGGAGAGGUAUCUGAAUCUAAAGUCCUUUUCAGUGAUUCUGAUGAAUCUUCAAAGAGUGAUGAACCAUUGACGAAGUAUAUUGAAGAAAAAGAGAAGAAAUCACAAAUUAAACACCUGGAACAAAAUAAAAAUCAGCCUUGUGAAAAGGAUAAAGAAAAACGAGAAAAAAUAAAUACUUUAUCUAAUUUAGAGUUGGAUUGUCGCGUAAAAAUGUCACACAAUCGUGAAGUAACUGAUAAUGGGCACAGUUCCUAUCAGAAAAAAGGGAAGCAACUUAUAUCAAACCCUCUUGUUAAUGAACCGACGUACGAAAACGCAAAAGAAGCUAGUAGUAACCUUGAAACACCUUACUCGAGUAAAGUUAAGUACGGCGAGGAUUCUGAUUGCGAUGACGCUAGCCUUCAGGUGUGUCGUACUAAAGAAGUAAAUUUAACUUUGGUAGAAAAUGAUCUGAAAUUAAUCGGAAAACGAAAAUCGAACAGUUCUAAUAGCAGUGAACUUAGUUUGUCGGGUGAGACUAAAAAGUUAAAAUCGAUUAUUGAUGUCGAUGCUAAUUCUGAAAACAGUAUUAAGAUCAUUGAAAAUAACACAAAUUCUGCAGUGCAACGAUGUCGCCCGAAGUCCGUUCUAACAGAGUCAACGUGUGAAAUGUAUGAUCCAUAUGAUUUUAAUUUAUUACAUAAAGUAACAGAUGCAGAUCCAUUUUUAAAAAGAAAAUCUAUAAAAAGGCUCUCUAAUCGAAAUAAAUUAAAUAAUACUUCAAAUAUUAAUGACGACGAAGAGCUAACUGAGUCUAACACUCCAUCAACAAGUAUUUUAUACAAAUCUGCAGCAGAACAUUCCCAGGAGCCAGAAAAGCAAGAUACAGCGAUCCAACAAAUGUCUGAAGCUCAAGCUUUCUUGAGUGAUUCUGAUGAAUCUUCAAAGAGCGAUGAACCAUUGAAAAAAUCUGCUGAUAAAAAGAAAAGGAAAAAACCACAAAGUAAUCACCCCGAAAACAGUCAUCAAAUGCCCUGUGAAACCUCACCUGAAACACAGAAGAACAAGAAAACACUUUCUGUUAGUUUAGAAAAACAGGAAAUUAAAGAAGCUAACACUCAAGAGCUAUCAAAAGAAAACGAAAAUAGAGAAAGUAGUAACUCUACUUUAGAGUUUGAUUUACUGGUUGAAUUGUUUUACAAGCGUGAAAAAAAAGAUAAAAAACACAAUUCUAGAUUAAACAAAGAAAAAAAGAAAAAUUCGAAUGUCGAUCUUCCCAGCAUGCGAAAUGAAAACACACAAGAGGGUAGUAAUAAUAUUGAAUACAAUGAGAAUUCAGAUUGCGAUGACAUAGGUCUUCGCCAGAUAUGUAGUGCUAGCGAUGUAGAUGUACCUAUAAAAGUAACCGAUAAACCAAAUUUGCAAAGUAAAAACACCAAAGAGGUGAGUAAUAAAGACAAAACAUCAUCCACUAUUCUUGAUGCAUGUAAUGUUGAGUACAAUGAGAAUUCAGUUUGCGACAACUUAGGUAUUCGCCAGAUGUGUAAUGCUAGCGAUGUAGCGAUGAGCACAAAAGAGGCGAGUAAUAAAGACCAAACAUCGCUCACUAUUCUUGAUGCAUGUAAAGUUGUCUACAAUGAGAAUUCAGAUCGCGAUAACUUAGGUCCUCGCCAGAUAUGUAGUGAUGUAGAUGUACCUAUAAAAGUAAUUGAAAAUACAAAAUCGUAUACAACUUAUAGUAACAACGAGCUUUGUUCAUCUUUUGAAGGAAACAAAAUAAAAUCAAAUAUUAAUAGCGAAAGGAUCGAUGGCAAUAAUUCUGAUGAAAUUGUAAGACAAUCAGGAAAUUGUAAAAAUAUUUCAACAACUGUAUCCUUAAAACAUGGCAAAAAACCAGUAAUGCGACGAUGUCGAUCAAAAUCUCUUAUGGUGAAAUCUACUUCGGGAACAUAUGAUCCCUAUGAUAUUAAUUUAUUAGAUACGGAUACAGACACAGAACCCUUUUUAAAAAGGGAAUCAUUAAGUAUCGCUGCCGUUCAAAAUAAAUCAUGUAAAAGUUCUAUUGAUAAAGACACUGUAACUAAAAAGGUCGAAUCGAUUACUCCAUCAAGUAACAUAUCACAAUCCGAAAACAAUGACCUAAAUAAAGAGGAAAAGAAAGACUCGAUAAACCUACAAGAAACUAAAGAACUUCCGUGUGAUUCUGAUGGAUCUUCUAAGAGCGAUGAACCGUUGACUAAAUAUAUUGAGGAAAAGGGCAAAAAGAAAUCUGAAAAGAAUGAAGAAUUAACACCCAAAGCAUUACGUAAAAGAAAGAAGAAAACACUUUCUGUAACUUCAGAAAAACCUAAUCCAGAUAACGGCCAGGAUGAUAACGAAGAGAGAAUACGAUCAGAGCAGUUUAUGGAAAGUUUUGGAUUCUUUUCUGAAAGAAAGCCUCGCAAAUCAAAUUUGCUAGCUACAAAGAAAAUAUCAGAAACAUAUAAUCUUAUAAACUCAUUUCGUGAACCCGAGGAUAAAUCUAACAAGAAAAAUGUGCACUCUGAAAAUAGGAAAACGGCGGAUGAUGAAGGUAAUCUAAAAGAAUCUUUUAAUACAUCUCAUAAAAAAGUUUCGAAACGUGGUAGGAAAAAGAAAAUUUCUACUAAAAUUGAAACUUCCUAUUGUGAAGCAUGUAGGAAAGAAUUUCGUAGGCCAGAUAACUUUUUGCGCCACCUACUGUCACUUGAGCAUGUGUCUCGUCUAUCUGAUGUAGAAUUGAAAGUUAAGACCGUUCCUACAAAUGAAGACUUUAAUUAUUUAGUUAUAUACAAGCAACAGUUAGAUCGUUUAAAAGUUUUGCAAGAUAAAAUUUCUAGAAGAAAAAAAUAUUGUAAAUCUCUUGAAAAUAUUGCAUUACCAACAUUAGAGGAUAUUAUUGCAGAUGUUACGAGGACGGUCAGACAGCAACAACUUGCACAUCGCGGUCUCAGUAGAGACGAGGCUCUUUUUCUAGAUUGUUGUGAGCUUCUAAAUGCAAGUCAUAAUGAUGAUGGAUCAGGUAGGGCUAAAGAGUCAUCAGAUUGUAAAAUAAAAUGUUAUACCUGUGUACAGACUUCGGCUGAUUGUUUAAAUUUAUUAGAAAAACGUAUUAAUGAUAUUUUAGAAGGAAAAUGUGAUGAUGGUGAUGUAGAUUCUAUUACAGCUCAAGAUAUUAUGGAAAGUGAAGAGGUGCGAAACUUAGAAAAUGAUUUGAUUACUGGUUUAAAAGAGGCAGCAGCAAGCGCAAGUACUUUUAAAGCUAAACCAAUAACUACAUGUACGCCUGAGGUUGGAGUUGAUACUAAGCAAGUGAAUAGUAUUGAACAUCCUAAAGAUGUCAAUAUCAUCAAUCAAUCGGAAGAAAUAAAAAGUAAGAAAGCGUAUGAGGUAAAAGAAAAAAUGUAUCCCGAUGUUAUUGAAGACAUUGACAUGUUUGAGGAUAAAUUUGACAAAAUUAAAAGGAAAUGUAGAUCUCAGGCAGCUAAGCAGACCAAGUAUGUGGAAACUAGCAUAAGUUCUAAAAGCCGGAAGAAAGUUGAAAAGAAAAAAAGGAAGAAAAGUCUCAAAAAGAAUAGCACCCAUGGCGCGGUUCCCACUAAAGGCGCUUUAAAAGGUUUUGAAGGUGUAAAAGUAUCAAUUUUAACAUCUGAUAUCAAUAUGGCAUCAAUUAUUCCUCCUUUAUCAACACCUGCAAAAAAAAAGAAACGAAAUAACAACAAACGAAAAAAAGAAAGAAAACAUUCAGAAAAUCUUAGAAAUGAUAGCGAUCAUAAAAGUAAAGAUACUCAGAAAAAAGUUGACGUGUAUGAAUUUAUGGACAGUGAAGAGGCUGAACCGUUUGAAUUCAGACCUUCUACUUUAAUGGAGCGUUUUAAGGGUAUAAAAGACGUCAAACCCAGUACGUCAAAGUCGCAGCCUAUGGAUAUUGACCCGGAAGCCUCUAAUGAAAGUGUAUCUGAUGGUGAUGAUUUUGUUUAUAUGUCAGAUGACUACAUUUGCAGCGAUGCUGAGACUGAGAAUAGUUUAAUGUCUUGUGAAUUAGCAAACACCAAAAAUUCUUCUGAAGUUAAAAAAACAUUAUCUACACCGAAAAGAAAAGACGCAACUGAGAAAAGUGCAGUUAUGGGAAAAAUAUUUAAGCACAAUGCCGUGAGAGCUGAGAAAAAAAUUACGAAAACAAAAGAACCUAUAAAGCCAAAAGCCAAUUUGGACCAACUAUUUGACAGUUUACUAGAAGAACCCAAUUCACCAAUAUCUUCAUCGCCUAAAAAAGAAGAUUUAUACAAUUUGGAAUCCUCGAUUUCUCAUAGUAGUGAUAUCUCUAAACGCCAUAGUAAGUCUGUAAAAAGCGAUGAACAUGAUGAUCCCGAUGAUUCUGAUUCCGAACGGUCAAGACAAAUAGAAAGAAGUCCUACGCCAGAAUCUUUUACAAGUCUAAUUUCACAACGUAAACGAAGAGGAUCCCAAAACUCGUCUUCAAAAGAAAAAGAGUUUUCCACUGAUAAAGAAGAUGAAUAUCUAGCUAGUCCUUCAACCUCUAAAGAUAAAAAUAAAUUUAAUCUUAAACAUACUUCACGUAAAAAGAAAGAAGUAUCGUAUGAAAACUAUGAUGAUAAGUCGUUCAAAUACGAAACCAAGCGAGGAGGUAACACGAUCUCUCCGAAUAAUGACGACGUCGACUCGCUUUUUAGCGGUGAUGAAUCAUCGCCUGAUGAUAAUGACAGUCUUACAGAUGAUAAUAGACUUAAAUCGAAAGAAAAAGAAUUUAGAAUUAAAUCUACUGACACAGACUUAGAAAAUAACAGUUUUGAUUAUACCGAUAAAGCUAUUAAUACUUAUGAUGAUACGGGAGUGGCUCGACAAAGGGCCCGUCGUAAGUGCACUGUGGGAAAACAAAAUGUGUUGGCCGAAACUUGGAGUUCAGAAUCUGAGCCUGAUGGAAUCCCGCCAAGGCCCAAUAGUGCCGAUUCUGUUGCUGCUGGAACGAGUCGAAAGAAGAAAAAUAGAAAAAAGGACAGCCAUGCGCUUGGGAUUCGUAAAAGCGGCAACCGACAUAUAUCAGCGAAACGUGAAGCGCAUUGCAGCACUCGACACAACCGAAAUUCUUCGGAAAGUACUUCGAGAGUAGUCCCAACAACAAGACCAAGUGCGGUGUGUUCCUCGAGCUCAAAGGCACGCACUCGCCCUUCGCCAUACUACUGGUCGGAUGAACAGGAGCCCGAACACGUUCAGCAACACGGCUGGAUCGUCGGAGACAGCCAUAAGAAACUUGUCACUAUGUUGGCCCACGCUAAAGGUAAGCGAAAUAAUGACGACAAAAGAAACUUGGUUGAGUAACUUUUAUUUUAUAGAACUAAUUGUUGUAAUUGUAAAUAUACUGUACAUAUUAUAUUCUAGUUCUCUAUGUCAUAUUUAAUGACAUCUGACCAGAAACAUUUUAAAACUAAACUGUAUUUGAUUGAUUUUUGUACAUACUGUAUAUGGUUUAUAGAUUUAAUAUUUGUUAUUGAGUAAUAGUUAAAUUCUGGUUGACAUUUGUUUAAGCUGAGGGUCCUCUUUCUAUUUCUAAUAAUUUAAUUUAAUUUCUUUUUUAAACGGCAAACGACAUAGAAGAAUUAAAAAAAUGCUUUUGGACAUGAGCUUAUGUUAAAUGUCAAAUCCUAAUUUCAAGUAAAUUUAGGAAAAUUCUAUAUUUGAUGAACUAACUAAAAAGAUAUAUUAUUGUAAAUUUUAUAUACAAUAAUUAUAAUUUCUAUAUUUUUCUGUCAAUCUGCAAUCUGCAAUUCUUUAUCUAACUUAAUGGAGUGUUGAUUAUAUAAAUUAUGUUUUAUGUUUAAAAAUUAUGUUUUGUUCCUUGAAUACGAUAAAUGAUAUAUAUAUAUAUAUAUACAUUAAAUAAUUAGCUUGAGAGAGAGAGUUUAAUUUUUUGGGAUUGUCUGCUCAUACCCCGGAAUCAGUACCGAAUGAUCGAUUGCACUAUCAGUAGGUAAAUUUGUAAUUUUGUUGGAAAUUGUCAGUCCAGAAUUUCGUUGCUAAUAAAACUUUAUCCGGGGGUCGGUUGAAAAUCCCCUUAUGUGUGGGAAGGGGCUGAUACGAUGGUGUCUGGAUAUAUUAAGUUGAUCAAUUUGUUAAUUAUUUAUAAACGUAUAAUAAUUUUAAUGGUUUGCAAACGAAAUCUCAAGUUUUGUAAUUUCUAGUCCAGUGUAAAAAGGUAAAACGCCACUAUCAGCCUCGUUCAUUUAUUAUGAUUUAAUCGUAUGUGAUUCAACUAUCAACAAAAUAAGACUUAUUUUUUCUUUAUUGAGUGUGUUGAAAAUUUGCGUUACAUAAUAAUAGUGAUUAAUUUGAGACGCUUUUUCUGGCUUGAUACCACGAGCAACAGUCUUUAUAAUAAACACGAAGUCUUGAAGACGCUGAUUAAUAUGCAGAAUAUUUAGCUGAUAUCGUAAAUGUACUGAUUGUAAUGUAGCAUUAUAUUACAUUUUGUGUUAGAUCACUUGUGAUUUUGAUUUAAGAAUCCAUGGGAAUAGUCUGUCUCAUGAAAUAAACGAUACAAUAAGCACAUAGAAAGUAAUCCUCUUAUUCAACUCGAUUAUAACUUAAAUGUCUCAAUGUUGCAGUGAAUACGUAAAACUUAUAACACGUACACAAAAUAUAUAUUAUAAUAAAUGUUAUUUUAUUCAUUCUGUAAAACUAAUAUGUAAUAGCUGAAGAACUAAUUUAUCUCUGUAAGGCUGGGUGUCCCAUCUAUAAUUGUCUCUAUAUAUUGUUGUAUUUCUCUGUCAGAUUUUCAUGUCAUGAUUAUAAUUCAAUGUUAUUUCUAAGAUGGAUAAUUAAUGAUUACAUACUUUCUAAAUAUAUGUGGUAUCU